UUUCCCCCUUUUGGCCUCGAAGCGUGGUCGUCGUCGAAAUCGAUUGUUAUUGAUCCUUGUGAAAAGUGAUCAUGGAAGGGAGAGGAGGUGGUUUUCCAUCUGGAUUUAGUCGUGGACGAGGAGGCAGAGGAAGAGGUAGAGGCAGAGGUAGAGGACGUAGAGGUGGAGAGGAGGAAAAGGAGUGGGUUCCAGUAACAAAACUAGGAAGACUAGUGAAAGAAGGAAAGAUCAAAAGUUUGGAAGAAAUAUUCCUCUUCUCCAUACCCAUCAAAGAAUACCAAAUAGUUGAUCUAUUUUGUGGUUCCAUGUUAAAGGACGAAGUACUCAAGAUUAAGCCAGUUCAAAAGCAAACGAGAGCAGGUCAACGAACUCGUUUUAAGGCGUUUGUCGUGGUUGGAGACUUUAAUGGUCACGUAGGUUUGGGUGUGAAGACAGCAAAGGAAGUAGCCACGGCUAUCAGAGGUGCUAUCAUAGCAGCCAAAUUAUCGAUAGUUCCCAUUCGAAGAGGCUAUUGGGGAAACAGAAUAGGCAAUCCCCAUACAGUACCCUCUAAAGUUACAGGAAGCUGUGGUUCUGUCAGAGUUCGAUUGGUACCUGCUCCAAGAGGAACAGGAAUCGUUGCAGCAAAAGUAUCCAAAAAGUUGUUGCAAAUGGCAGGGUUGGAAGAUGUGUUUACUCAAUCUUGUGGACACACUCGAACACUUGGAAACUUUGCUAUGGCCACGUUUGAAGCUAUCACUAAAACAUAUGCUGUGCUUACUCCCGAGUUAUGGAAAGAAACGAGGUACCAAAGGACACCAUUUGAAGAGCACGCAGACUUUCUGUCCAAAUCUCUUCAUACAAUGGCAUAAUAAAUGUUUUGCCCUGGAUAUUUGGAAUGAGGUUA